AUGGCGACUCUAGCCAGUUCAUCGCGCUGCAGUAGCACCCUGGCCAGUGUUUACUCCAUACUUUCAGGAAAACUGUGGAAUCGAGUUGUUGUUGCCGCAGUCGUGUACUGCCCCGUUCAUCAACACAAACGAUUCAUGUCGUCAAAGCCUUUGCAAGGAAGGACAGUGCGGAUCGGCUGUGCAUCGGGAUUUUGGGGAGAUUCAAUGAUGGCAGGUAGACAAUUGGAGCAAGCAUUUAAUCUGUUCUGAUGUUUAUUGUCACCACCGAUUUCAUGUAAUAGGUGGUUUUCAUGCAAUCUCGGGAGACACAAAUAACAAUGAUGAAAUGAACAAAUGCUGGUGGACAAACAAAGCGAGCUAAUGAGCGAUCUUUUGUUUACCGUCCACCAGCAUGGCGGCGAUGACGUAACGUGAAAACCACCUAUAGGCCAUUUUACAGUUAUGUAUGGAAGCAAGGCUGAGGGUGACCUUGUUUUGAUACAAACCUUCUUUGCUUUGUUAUGGAAAUUGUUCUUGAAAAAUACUUUUUAGCAUAAGAAUAACUUAAUUUACAUAAUAAAGCAGUAAGGUUUGUAUCAAAACAAGGUCACCCUCAUCAGUCUCUCUUUCAUGUAAAAAGGCCUAUUUUUUCGGAACGUAAUCAUUGUGCCCGGUACCACCCAUCCCCCCACUCCCUUCUCCCCCCCAAAAGAAAUCAAAUCAGUAUAGUCCCGCUUAUCUAAAGAUUGCAUUGAUGGUAUUGAUUAUUGCUAGUCUUAAUAAAAGGAGGUUUUUACACUACUCAGUUGCUCAAGAACGGCUAUACCCUCAGGGGUUUAGCCAGGAUAAUUUGUUCAGAGGUACACACAAUAGACCAUUUUACAGUUGUGGACUUAGUACCCUGGCCUAUGAGUGAAUGUGAGGCUGAGGUUGUCCUUGUUUUGGUAUAAACCUUUUGCAUCAAUGGAAAUUGUUAUGGAAAUUGUUAUGGAAAUUGUCCUUGAAAAAUACUAGUUAGCAUAAGAUUAAGAAUAACUUGAUUCACAUAAUAAAGCAGGAAGGUUUGUGUCAAAACAAGGUCAACUCCAUCCUUGCUUCCAUCCAUAACUGUAAAAUGGCCUAUUCUCCAAAAGCCCCUGCUUCCAAAUCCAGUGUCCCCAAAGAGGUUACGGUAAGCCUAAACAUUUUUACUGUAUAUGAAAUAAAUGUAACUAAGUGAUUUGAAAACUUCUUUAUCCCCUUUUUGGGCUCUUUGACUGUAGCACAUCAGUCACAUUUCAUAAAACUUAGGGUUUCAUUCAACAAAUGCAGAUGCGUGAAUCCCCUCUCUCUGUCAUGUAAUGCUGGUGUUGCGUGACAGAGGGGCCGGAACUGGACUGUCCCUUUUUAGCACUGUAAGUAUAGAGAAUCAAGACAUGAUACUGAGACUCGAGUCUCGAUUCUCGCAGGGAUUGAGAAUCAAGUGUCAACUCACUUUUGAUGGUGCUUUAUACACAUCAUCAGCCUUUUGAUAGAUUAAAAGAUUGAAUUUAUUCCACCACAUUAACACAGUAACUUACCCCUUUUGGUAUCUUUUUGGAGGUCCUAACAAUCCUUACUGUGAGGAACUGACACUAUUACUCUGACUUAUUUACUUUGCAGCCCCACAACUUGUUCACAAUGGUGACAUCAAUUACCUUGUAUCUGAUUACUUAUCAGAAAUUACAAUGUCACUUCUAACAGCGGUCAAAAGAAAAUCACCAGUAAGUUUCUUUAUUACGGGGUAAUCAUUUUGAAGAAUAUCACACUAACCGCCAUUACUAUAGCCUUGAAUGUGUGGAAAGAGUAUACAAUGUAUUUAUUAUAUUGUGUUCACAUGUGCUUCUUGAUGAGUUUUUUGUGGCUUUUGUUUCAGACUUUAGGGUAUGCUCCUGACUUCAUUCAAGCUGUCAUGAAACCGCUCAUCAAACCAAUCAAAGAGAAAGGUUAGUCUCACAGUACGCCUGUAAUAUUUUUAGAGUGUGAGCAGUGUCUUAUUUUCAUUCAAACAUAAUAGAGGUGCUGUAUGCAAGCAAGAUGCAGGAACUGAAUGCAUCAUCCCAAAGGAAAAAAUAAGAGGCUGCUCCCCUAGCCAGAGUGAAUGAGUCAUGCAUUACCUUUUCGCUGCAGAACAGAUACAUGUACUGUUGGCCUGUGAUUGGAGUGGUGAUUCUCUUUUUGUGCCUCUCCUGUCAUAAGCCUGAGAAAACAGCUGAUAAUUAAUGACAGGAACACUGGUUUUCUCCUGAAAUGACAUCUGAGGAAUAAGCACGGAAAUUCCAUUCUGAUGACAUGUCACUACUCAGAUCUGGUCAUGGUCAUGCCGUAAGGGAAAUUUGUUUCAACCAAUCAGAAGCACCAGUGAGAUCUAGGUAGUGACACAUCAUCAUUAUUCCACUAUUAUGUCAUUUUAGCAGAUAAGGUCAAGAAAACAAGCAAAAUACGAGGCCGUAAUACACCGUAGUGUCCUGGUUUAACUGGUUUACAACAGGGCGAAUACUGGCGGAUGCAAAAGGAGCAACUGUGGCUGACAGAAUCAGGAUGUUUUGGAUACUCUCAUUAGAAAAUAGAAGCCAAAAUACCAUUUUUCUUUUGCAGUUAAAUAAUUAACCUCUCAUUCAAUGGUUUGGCAUAUAAUACGCACAAGAAUUUUGCUAAUUGUUAACGUCAUUCUCACAGACAGAAUCAGGAUGUCUCUGAAUACUCUUACCAAAAAAUAGAAGCCAAUUGCCAGAUAUAUUUUUUUUGUAGUGGAAUAAUAAACCUCUUAUUUGAUGGUUUAGCAUAUAAUACGAGUGGACAUUUUGCUCAUUGCUCGUAUUUUUCCUCGCCCCUGCGGGGCUCCGAAAAAUACUACGCAACUCGCAAAAUAUCCGCUUGUAUUAUAUGCUAAACCAUCGAAUAAGAUGUAUGUAUUUUGGCUGUGUUCUUAGUAAACAACUGCGUCGCUUAGUGGAGGUAGGUGCCCUGGAUGUCCAGGAGCUUCCACUUUGGCAAAGCGUGCCCCUAGACAGAGUUACGCCCCCAUAGCUGUUAAACCUGCACCCUCCAGCCAUGAGCCCCCAUGCUAAUACAACCGAGCUCCUGUCACACUGAUUUAUUGGUGGAAAAAAAUAAAAGAGGGGAGUAGGGAUGGGGGGUAACAGAAUGAUCCAAAGGCUAAAUGAAGAGAGUGGCCGCCAGGAAACGCUGUACUAAGCACAUGGAGAUGAUGCAAGCAAGGCUGACCGUGCUUGAGCCACCGCACUGACUGCUGACUGACAACAUGAGGGGGGUCGACCCCAAAAAAUUUAGAAGGGUUUGUAUGGAGUUUUCUAAGCAUAACUGGGCUAUGAUCUCAGAGACAGUUUGCUCCGAAAUGCUCAUUUUUAGCAAGUAGGCCUCUUGGACAUUGUUCUUUCAGAUUAUCCUGACAAAUCCCAUAAUUUCAGAAAUUUCAUUUUUAUGACGUCACACUUUAGUACUCUAUAGUACUGGGAUAUAUGUACUGGUGAAAGAAGUAAUAAAUAAUAUCAAGUACAUGUACUAGUACGUACACUCUUUUCCAUAGAUUAGGCCAAACCUCUCGUGCUAUCUCUUUUAGGGAUCCGUGUGGUGAGUAAUGCUGGAGGGGUUAAUCCGCAUGAAUGUGCAAAUGCGUUGAUGGCCAUUGCAAAGGAAACUAAGACUGAUCUAAAGGUUGCUGUGGUUACUGGAGAUGAACUCAUGGGUGAUGUUGAGAAAAUACGACUUGGCGGCAUUAAAGAUAUGGACAGUGGGAAGGAUUUUCCUGCCAGUGUGGAGAGCAUGAAUGCUUAUUUAGGGCAAGUAGUUUUCGUGUUUUGUCAGAUAUAUUUUUACAAACUCUCAUGCAUAUAUAUGUACCCUCCCUUUAAAAAGUAACUAAAGAGUAAAAAUACCAAAUAUAGUCACUGGACUAGUGUUGCAUUGUAAUUGUUUUGGGUGACCAACCACUGAAUGUACAUUUAUUUUAAAUUUAUACAUUUUGUAUGUUAUAGUACAUGUAAGCUGUACAAAUUAAAGUUGUUACAGUUUAAUCCUUUUGCUGUGCAGUUUUAAUUUAAUUUGUAGCUGCUUAUAGUAGGUAGUUCUGAUUAAUGCUGACUUUGUAGCUUCCAGUAAGUUUAUAGUAACCUUCCCAGUCAUUUUGAAUUAGAGCUGUCCCUAUUGCACGAGCCCUGGAACUUGGUGCUGAUGUGGUGGUUACUGGACGAUGUGUGGAUAGUGCACUAGCGCUGGGCCCGCUCAUGUAUGAGGUAAUAAAAUAAUAAAUUAUUUGAAAUAAUAUUCCAAAUAAUCUACAUUCUGCUGUAUGGUAUAGAAAUGACCUUAGUGCCUAGAAUGUAGCAGGGCUAUCACUAACAGUCGGAGGCCGGGGAUUUUCCGCAGCUACUAUAAAGUGUGAGCCCAGCUACUUUCAUAAGAAACAAAAGCAAAAUAGAACCAAAAGAACUUCAUAGCUGGAUAAUUCCCCUCCUACUAAUGCAUACACCGACAACUUGAAAUUUUAGUGACAGCCCUGAUGUGGUUUCUGCAAGAAGCAUUGAUCCACUCUGUUGGAUAAAUAUUUGCCAAGGGCUAUUUACGUCAUUGUAUUCUUGACUUUUGAACUCCAAGCUUUUAUGGCUUGUAAAUUAUGUCAGCACAUCAAUUUCUUCCUUGAACCCUUGGUUUGAAAUUCCUUUUAAUUCAAUCCAAACUGAACUUCCCUUUGCCUGUCAAAGACUGUAUUAUUUUAACUCCGAUUUUCCAAACCCCCUUAUAAUUCGAACCAGUUUGCUUUGCCUAGAGUGGUUUAAAAAAUCAUGAUUCCACCUUACAAUCUUCUAGCACUGUGUACAUUGUAUCUAAUUAGGUCUGCAAAUUGUUAUUUAUGAAGGUUUGUGCGCCCCAUAUGUCAGAAAUAAGGCCUUUGACUAAAAACACUAUGAUUGAAGAGAUUUGUUUGAAUACUGUUGAAUACCAUUAGGCCCUAUAUACACGGGAAUUUAGUCAAUGAUAUCUGAAUGAAGGUUACAGAAUGAUGUAUUCCUAAUACUCCAUGUUUAUCUGUUUUUUGGUCACCAAUAGUUUGGAUGGAAGACAGAUGAUUAUGACUUGCUCGCUGCAGGAAGGUUAAAUGAUUCUUUUUGAUGGAUUUUAGUGACAGUACUACUGUAUUAUUUUAUAAGGACAUGACGUAGGUUGAGCAUGAUUGUCCAGGUGAACAGGACUGAUGUUGACUGGGAUUGACAUUUCAACAACCUGUGCGGUAGUCAUUGUCAAAGUCAAAUUGAGUUGUAUCACAUCAGGAAAGUAAAUCUAAGAGUCAGAACAUUCAACAUUACUUGUGUAGGGCUCUCUCACCCUCUGGAAUCAUGAUUCAACCUAAAAUAUUUCAGGUAAAAAUGAAUUACAUGUGUCAACAAUGUAUGUUUUUCGUAAUAGUUUGGUUGGUCAUUUGAUUGAAUGUGGGGCUCAGUGUACAGGAGGAAUCUUUACUGACUGGCAGACUGUCCCAGACUGGUAUGAAGUACUUAACAUCUAUUUAACGGUGAUGUUGCACGUGACAAUUUGCAAUGAUGAUUUUUAGUGCAACACAGCAUUGCAGGGUUGGAACAAUGUUGCAAGCAUUCAAAACAAUGUCACAACAAUGUUGCAACACUGUGUUGGGCUAAAAAUCGUCAUUGCGAAUCGUCUCAUGUAACAUUACCUAUAGUCAUUUAUUUAAUAUUAUUGUUUAUACCAUUGGCCAGAUGUGGCCGCAUUGGUGAUUCUUUCAAUAGGACCAGUUGUGGAAAAUCCAACUUCACUUGGGGCAAAAGCACAUUGAACUCAGUAAAUUUGCUAAGUUUAAGAGUGAUAGGUGAUAAGUCACAAUUUUUUACAGACAUUUGUAUGGUGUACAAAUGUUUGUAAUGUUUUAUGACUUUGCUGAGCCAUAGCUUAUGGUCCUUCAGGUCCUUGUCAAAAGUUAGAGAAAACCAUGGAAGGUUCUGUUUCUUUGCACUAAUUGGUAGCCUUCCUUCUUCCUUCCGAUUUGAAUGGAAUGUAUUCUUUAAAUUCAAAUUUUAUGAAUUUUGUAGUACAUUUUCUGUCUUAAAACAUAAUAUUAUUUACUUGGUGUCUCCAGUAAGAUCCAUUAGUGCUAAUGACACAAAUAAAAGUUUAUUAUUAUUAUUAUUAUUAUUUUCAUUCUCAUUUCUUUCCUUUUUUCUUUCAAAUUAGGGACAGUAUUGGUUAUCCGGUAGCAGAAUGUGCUGCAGAUGGCAAAUUUAUUCUUUCCAAGCCUCCUAACACUGGUGGACUUGUGUCACCAUCUUCUGUUUCAGAGCAGGUAACAUCCUCUCCAGCUUAUAACAACAACAACAACAAACUUUAUUGGCUAGUAAAAACAAGCACACAAUACUUGAAAGCUGCAGUUACCUUCAAGCUAUUUGAGUCGAACCCAAGGAAAAAAGAAAAAAUAUUAAUAUUUUAUAAAAGUUACUGCUCUGUUCAGUAAAACGCGAUCGCUGAAAUUUAAAAGCCAGCUUGAAUUACUUUUUUCGCUGCCAUCAAUCAUACAUGUAAUUACGAUCACAAGCAACUAACCUUGUAGUCUGCAUAACAGGCGGUUUAUGAGGCAAGCUAGGUGAACGUGGCAUUUUGCGAGAAGCGCUAGACGAGGGGAGGAGGCUACUAACCUUGAAACACAGAAACACAAAAAAUGGAUUGAAAAACUGCCAAUCGAAAGCCAAAAACCAUAAAAUUUUGAACACCUUGAAGUAAACUUCUGUGUUCUAAGACUGGAACUACGCAAACGUUGGUUGCCUUUUGAACUUCAGAGUUCGCGUGUACGUUAUUAAAAAGUGCAGUAAAGUAUUCAUCCAAAACUCCUCGAUGCACCCCAGUGUUUCAUAUUAAACCUUUUGGACAAGGGGAUCCUAACCUCUUGCCCUCCAUACCUUGCCUUCCCAACUCCUACCCUUUAAUUCUUUGGCUUCCUCCUUUUCUUUCCUCCUCUCCUGGCUCCCGUAACCCUCCCCCCUGAUUCUCCUGGGCUCCUACCCCCCUGUCCUCCCUUGUCAAUAAGGAUUGCGGCUUAAGUACAGUUUUCUCAUACCUGAUUGGCUUUUUCCUUGCAACCCAGUAACAUUGCAGAAAUAUUUCUGGCUUUCAUUGUUUUCUGAGUAUCAUAGUCACAAAUGCACUACAUUUACUUACGUAUGUUAUUUGUUUGAUAGCUUGUUUAUGAGCUUGGAGAUCCUGCUAGGUACAUCCUCCCUGAUGUAAUUUGUAACUUUACGCAAGUUAGGCUACAAGGACUUAUUGGUAAGUCUUUGUUCCAUAAUGGCGUCACUGACUUCGACUUGUCAACAGGGGCAACGAAGUUUUUCUGAACUGAAAUUAACUGUUCUAAGGAGCAACUAUUGCGUAGAAAUUUAAAGGCUAAAAAAGGGUAACAAUAAACGCUAAACAUAUCACAGUAGCUAACAAUCUCAGAUGAGACGAAAAAGCAACCUAAAACUUUCGUAACGACCAAAUUUCCCCUAAGACAUCCGAACAGAUAAUUUUUUUAGAUAUACCGUAGUUUUUAGGGUUGCUCCAAAUUAACCAAACAGUCUUCUAAAGCGCAGAAGAAACCAGUUGAGACAUUUCUGACGUAUUCGGAAGCAUUCGGUUGUUAGGUGUCGCCGUUUUCACUUUUUUGGAAUCGGUCCGUGAAAGUCAGGAAUUUAGACGCGAGCAUUGUUCAUUGUUUCGUUAAAAAUGUCUCAUUUUUUGUCAAUGUAUCUUUGUUGGAAAUUUUAGCUGGUUAAUUAUGCUGUUUUCCUUCAUAGUAACCCAUCCACUAAAGAAUUAUCCGUGAGACUAAAGCUGGUCAGCAAAUAUAGAUACAUUGUACAGUGAAACCCCGCCUUACGGCCACCUCGGUAAUACCGUCACCUCGUUAUUACGGCCACUAUUUUUUGGCCGCCUGGCAAAAACCGGCAUACAUUUUCUUGUAAAAAAAACCCCUCGUUAGUAAGGCCACCCCGUUAAUAUGACCAAAUUUUUUUGGCCAAUUGGUGACCCUAUUAACGGAGUUCCAUGAACAUCAAAGGACCGGCAUGUACCAGAGUAUAUAAGGCACUUAUAAUAUGCUACCAUAAGUCAACAGCUUGUGCCCUUAGAUUGUUUUUGUCUAAAUCACUAUUAUGAUUGCAUAACCUGUUUACAUUUGGUCCUGACCAGGUUAUGACGGUGGCGCUGUACUUGUUCAGGGAGCAAUUGGUGAACCACCUACAGACACUUACAAGGUACGUCAUUUAGUGAUGUACACUGUAUAUCAUAAGCAAGUGGAGUAUGAUCGUCCGAGUGACUGCAGUCCUGAAUAGGACUGUUGUUGACAGUGACUAACGUUUGGACAACGUGUGCGGUAGUCAUCUUCAGAGUCAAAGUGAGUUGUAUCACGUCAGUUGAUGGCAUUUAACGCUAGAUAUUGACCGGACAGGUAAAAAAAGACGCGAUGUUCUUGGUCGUUUGCCUGUUGUUUUUGAGUAAAGGGGGCGGUUGUACACAGGCUAUGAUGUUGUUGCCUUUAAAGACUCUAAAUGUCAUUUGUGCGUUUCGAUCCGUCUUUUGUUACAGCUUAACGGUUGGUUUAUUGUUUGUCAAAUUGUCGGUUGUCCAGUCAUUUUAUCGUUGUCAGUUUUGCUUGUUUGUCAGUAAGCUUCAAUAAGUCGGUUGCACGGUGCCGGUAACUGUUGGCAACGAUUCAGUGAUCUUCAAAAUCCGUCUAAAUUGGCGGAUUAACUCACGGAUAAUAUCAGACGAAUUAAUGGUCUAAAACGAAACCGUCCUGUAACCGUUUGACACGAAUUAUCCGACAGAUGACCCACCUGAAAUGGAUAAUCCUUCUCUUGUUUGAAAACGGUUAUUUUUAAACAAGAAAUGCAUGGAGAAAAGUCUGGAGAAAGCCGAGACUGCAAAAUUCUAUAGUACGACAAAAUGUUUUAUAAUCAUCUAGAGCGUCCUUUUCCUGUAGGUGUGUGCUACUUAUGCUGAUGGUUUUCGCGCCACUGCAGUUUGUCCAGUUGGAGGACCGUUUGCUUCACUCAAGGCUAGAAAAACAGGCGAAGCUCUCUUAAAAAGGUUUACAAUUUACUAGUCAUUAAUAAAGCAUCAUAAGGAAAUGUAAACUUGUUCCUUCUUCGUGGGUUUUGACAAGAGAUCGUAAAGGCUUUCUUUCAAAGACCCGUUUUUGUAGAGGUUUUAUCCAGUUCCUGUGGCAUUUUCGUAGUCAAAAUAGGAGAAUUAAACCAGAUCAAACAUGUGUGGAAAUCCUCCCCGCUUUGGGCCGCCAUUUCUUUCAUUUGUUGACUACGCCUCGCUUUGAAGCGCUGAAUCGCGAAAGCGAGUUCCAUGCAUAGUUUCCAGAGGCCAACGCCCCUAGACUCCCUGUCUGUCCUAUUACGAGAUCUUGUUUUGGCUUUCGUAUGUUUUUAACGUUUAGUCCCUUGGAGAUAUCUGGUUCAAUACUCAAAUCGAAAUGAAUAUUAAACCUCUCCCCAAAGUUGGUCAUGGAGGUCUGUAAUGUAAUCGCGUCUGUUAUGUUCUUAAAAAGAGAGGCCUAAGAUUCUGGGACUAAAUGAGCAGGGAGAGAAAAGACCGUAAAUCUUAUGUCGUUCUCUCUUAAAGGACAAGAAGGAUGUUUAAAGAAUUAAAUCUGGAUGAUUACACAAGAACUCAUAUUCAGGUACUGAAUAGCUUCCUAAGGCUUCCUCAUUUAAUUACAAGUUACAUACAUUACAUACAUACACUGUUUACAGGUAGCCAUUAUGACACCUGAAGAAGGAUCACGAAGUUAUCCAUAAAUUAAGAUCUCUCCUUACAGAUAACCCACCCAGUCCAGGAAAGGUUGGCCACACCAGCGGGGUCUGCGUCCCCUACUCUUUUCAGUGGUGUGGGUUCUUUUACGUCCCACAAGAACCAGAUAAGUGAAAGUGCUGUGAGACAGGACCUACGGCUUUUCGUCCUUAUUCGUGAAAUCGCUAGUUAAGUACGCUGCGGAAAGACCAUUAUUUUGUAAUCACAGAUAAAAAGAUGACUGUUUAUCUAGUUUCGUACCAUUCUAUGAGCCUUCAAAGUCCAGCCGAUUUUAAGGAAAUUCUCCUCCAGAGAUUGUAGCAAUUCAAGAUGGGCCUAUCUUGCCUGCUCGGUUAGCCAACCAGAACACAUGAUUCGCUUCAUCUUGCCUGCUCGCGCAUUUAGCCAUGUAAUAAAUCGUAGAUAUUAUAAGAAUGGACCUCUGACGCGAGGGUACAUCUGACGGUCUUCAUCGACUGUCAAUAGGGCGCCUAAGCAAAGGCGUUUUUGAGCGACGCACUUCAACCGGACGUAAGGCCUUCUAUCAUUUUAUGUGCCUCGACACUACCACAUUCGCCCGAAAAUUUUGGCAGAAACAUUGCCUUAGAAUGAAAUAAGUCCACUUCCGGUUGACGGUCUUCGCUCAAAAACCCUUGAGCUGAGUGGCUGACCCCAGUUUGGUCACCCGACCAGUCCACGUAGUAUGUUAGAAGUAUGUGAGUAAGCGGGUUUUUCUGCUUACCUUUGUUCCAUGUUUAUUGGAUUUCCUCUCUUGUAAACUGCCUGGCCUUUCAUUUAGGUGAUAGGCUCUGAACAAACGUAUGGAAAACAAGCCUUUCCUGGAGUCAUGACCGCAGUGAGUACACACAUAAUUCAUAGAGACGGUGUUUUCAAAAAACAACUGAGUAUGUUGACAAUUCGUAAAACUAUGAGACAAGGCGUGGUCACAGGGUGGUAGAUUUUAAAUCUGUAGGUCUCGGGCUCAGGCUAGCAACGACUAGAUCCCACAAUCUGUUUGUUUCUUCGCAGCUUCGCUUGAAAAAAUAUAUGACUGUUUGCAUCUUGUCAUUUCUAACUUCUUAUGUUCACUUGAAAUAUUUGUUUGUGACAUUUGCUCGAAAUGUCGAUAGUGCUAUAAAUUCUACAUUUUACUGAGAAUUACAACAAAAAACAAACAAAAAGCGAGCAGCAAACAUACACCACUAGAUGUAACGACGGAGAAUAGACAUAGGCUGCAGCUACUUCUUGUCAAUCGUCAGUUGGUUUCUAAAAAACCACGCCACUUGUAAUUUUUAUCUUGUUGGUUUUACAAGUGAGAGGAAGACACUUCCAAAAAAACAGUUAAGUAAUUUAAAACUAAUUUGUCUGCUGAUUUUAUUGAAUAUAAGACUCCUAGGGAAGCAGUAUUAUGGCUGGCAGCUCAUCACCAUCAGAGAAAAGCUCUUGAAUUGUUUGCGAUGGAAAUAGCUUCUGCAGGCACUAGCAUGGGUUAGUACAUGUAUGUAUGAAUUAGAAUAAACAGGCAACAAGUUUGAAGUUUAUGGUCGAUGUACAAUUUUACGUUUAAUUUUACAUUUUCCUUCUUCCUUGCCGUAUCCCAACUGCUCCCCUUUUUGACGAACGCCUUAUUCCUCCCUAAUUCCCUCUGAGUAUUUUUUUGCUCUAAUCACAUACGUCACAUACAGGUCGCGCUCUGCCAACGCGUUGUUUCUCAGAUAAGCGACUUUGCUCCACAGACCCUCUCAAGGUUGUAUAAAUAGUUACCACCAAUAUGAUAACUUGGGGGAUAAUUCUGCAAUGGAUCAGCGUCCUAUCCAUGAAGGGAACAUGAAUAUAUCUAGGUGCUUCAUGCGUUCGAAAACGGGACAGGCUUCGGUCGAUUGACCCUCCUUGGCGAGUCCUUUGUUACACUCAUUCUGACUCCACUAACACGAGACAUUCAAUGUGAAAAGUUUAUUUAGGAUGCGUCAGUCAGUCACCUGUUGUAGAUGUAUCCCAGUUUAGUUACGUCAGUGUUAUAGUUAUAGAAAAAUACUGUUACAUGUUCUAGGCUAUAACGUAUGCUACGCCAGAUACAAAAAACCACCAAACAACCACCCUGGAGAAGUUACCAAAAAAUGGGUGGAAACGUAGUGCCCCACUAAUACAGUGGCACAAAACCCCGGAAAAGGGUUUUGAUAAGUGAAAGACAUAAAACGGUGAAUACCUUAUUACACAGACUACUCCAAAAAGAGACUAAUUUCAAAAGAGUGCAGGACCAGUUGCCUAAAUACAUGAACUAUAUACCAAAAUAAGGUUAUUCCCAAAACAUACAGAUCCGAACACGAAAGAAGAAUGUCAACCAUCGGAAAAGAAAUUUUUGCAAAAGAAAACGAAAACUACCACGACGAAAGAGCUGACGUAGAAUGGCAUAAAUAUGGCUCCCAAACCAUAAAUAGUCCGAAACUAUCCCACGAGCCCUAGCGCCCCUAAAACGUUGCCGUCAGAAUAUUAAUUUCUGACUAAUUCGUUCCCUUGUCUCUCAAACGUCAGAAAUAACAUUUAUCGUUAGCGAGCCAUUGUUUUAAAUUAUCUAUGGAAAUAUGGAAAAUUAUAAGAAAUUCGUUUAGUUAAAUUUGCUUUCUUCCCCAUAAGUUAUUCGAGGCUCGUGGAAUUCUAGGAGAAGUUGGAGCUCGAGGUUAUUUUAAUAAUUUAAAACUGGUUGGUUUUUAACUGUUAAAUUGAAGAAUCUCUAUUUGCUUUUAUAGCUCCUGGACUGACUGCCAUUGUUGGAGGAAGACCAAGAGUGUAAGUAUAAAAACUUUAAUUCAGUUGAUCUCUUUGAAACCAUAAACUUUUAUGCAAAUUAACAGUUUACAUUCAAAUUUGAUCAUCAUAAUUAUUUUUGUAUAUAGAUCUCCCCUUUUGAGGCUGUAUUCUUUCUUGUAUCCCAAAGACAAAGUCAAUGUAAGUAAAUGUACGUUAAAGAAUCUUUAAAAGCGAUUUAGUUAUUUGAUGGUCUCUGGUCCUUUAACAAAGAGGUUCUGCAACGUUUCGGUUAUUUUCUUGGUGGUGUGGAUGCAGAUGCAGUCUGCAAGUGGCAUUACUUAAAAAAGAUUGUAAAUACGCUGAGUAAUGCUCGUACCACAACGCAAAAGCUAACCAAGAAUAGUUUUUUUAACAUUAAGCACCUCGUUCUCGCUAGCCCGCGUAUACGGCCUUCUCUCCUCGCUCCUUGCCGCUAGAAACAUUUUGUAGGAGAGACGAAGUCCCAAGCGGCGAGCGGCGAGCGGGGAGGAGAAACGGCUGUAUUUGCAGCUUACGUUUUCGCUCUUGCCUAGUCCAGACCUCACUAUCCCGCGUUUUGGGUCACGUGAUCCGUGUGAGUUUCCUGACUGUUCGUCUCGGAUACGUAACCGAAUUGCAUUGACGGGGAAGGCCUGGGAAGAAGCCUUUCAGGGAUAAGGCGAGAAAGCCUUCACAAGUGAUGACCCUGGUCACUUUUGAAGCUUCUUGCUUGAACAACAGACAAACUCCAAGCAAAUUGCAUGGCCAGUCAGUUGGAGGAAGUUAUGUUCAGAGAUUUUUCUUUGUACUUAUUAGAUUGAUAUUUACAUGAACGGUGAACAUGUGGAGGCAAUGCCCGCACCUAAAACAGGACAGUCACGUUACAAACGAGAACGAGAAACGACAAUACAGGAUGCAGCACCAAGGAUG